AUGUAUCAAGCGAACCUCUGGAACUUCUCGCAGUGUCCUCACAGCAGCUUGAUGCACAAGGAACAUCUUCCAGCACAUUCGAAAACAAGAAAAAAAAAUACCAACCUGUUCGACGACGACAUCUUCCUGAUUUAUUUCACACCUUCCAGUUCCACACCAAGACACCAACCGACGCAGUGCAGUGAGCGGUUUUAUUGCGACACCUUCCAAGCAGUAGCAGUAAUAAUUUCACCAUCUUACAACGAACAAGAACAACAGAGAGAACCUAUAAUUUCGAAAAGCAGGAGUAGGGGUUUCUUUCUGAUUCGGACCUCCCGAGGACCAAGACCAAGGCGAAAAACAUCAACAGGAGCAUCAGGGGGCAGUACUAGUAGAUCCAGCGAGUUUAUAUCUCGUCCGGAUUUUGCUCUUCAACCGAAUCGGAAAAAAUCGCAACGCCAGCAGUACAAUGGGAAACACGAACAAAGCUAGAUUUCAUCCAAGAUUUUUUGCAGCAGUGCAGCGAGAAUACAACAAGUCCGUGCAGCAGCGAGCUAGUGGGAGAAGGUUCUUUGAUCGUUUUGUGAAAGUAGUAGACUGAGAAGUGCGAAGCCGAAGGCGGGGCAGAUGAUGAUGAAGAGAAUAUUAAUUCGCUGCAAGUUGUUUAAACUUGUUAAAGCUUUGAUCAUUCUGACCUUCCGCUAGUACCCUAACAACGAAACUGUACAUAAAUGGUUGGAUCAAGAAGAACUACUAUCGAGAUGAUGUUGGAGACUACUUUUGGGCACAGAAUCUUCAAAAUCAUACGCAAAACACACCGAUGAACGACCUGGCUUUGCUUUUCCACUCUGGACACACGCACACAAAUAUUUUCGGAUGAAACUUUUGUAUUCACUCGCUGCUUGUUGAAAAUGUAAAAAUCGUCGCAUCAGCACCAGCUGCAU